AUGACGGUAUGUGGGGGGACUUUCAUCCAGUUCACGCCCCAAUGCUUAUGUUUCUAUAAUUCCACAAAGGUUCUAAUCUCCAUUGAGCUGUUGCUGCAAGAACAACAAGUCAUCGGAAUUCCACAGCCCGUCAGGCCCAUCUCCAACGUCGGCCCACGGCCCGUUUUGGUUGACAAAAUCCAUCCCCUGGCUGAAAAAGCCCGCCGGGCUCGUGAAGCUAGACUGAUAAUUAGUAUUAUAUCAGUUAAGUCCGGCGACCCAAACGAGUCCGAAGAGGGAGCUGCGCUUGAGUUAUCAGGUGUGUGGGCCAGCCCGCUGCCGAUGAUGGGCUGCUGGGGCUGGAGUAAUUGGGCCGGGCCCAAUUCGCGGUUUGUGCAGCUUUGGUUUGAGUUGGCGGCUUGGAUGCGCUCCACGAGUCGGGGCAUCCAGAGGUAG